AUGGAGCACUCAUUCAAGCCACUGCAAACAAUGUUUUUGUUCAUGACGAUAUCAUAUGCAGCUGCAGAAAUACUACAUAACCCGGAUUUCGAGAACAUAACAGCUAAUGGAACCUCCCAGUUCUUGCUGCUCAACAGAACAAAUACCAUUCCAGGAUGGUCCUUUAGUGGUGCAGUUUACUAUGUAUCUUCCGGUAACAACUUGUCGUUUAAUGGGGGUCACGCAAUUCAGUUAGGUGAAAAUGGCACGAUAAAUCAAACCAUUAGUGGCACUAACGACGUUUUGGAUUACGUUCUCAGCUUCAAUCUUGCUGCUGUGAACGAGGAUUGCGCUCAAGAUAAUCGUACGGCUGUUAAUGUAACUGUGAAAGAAAGGUACAGCUAUAAUGAAAGAUCAAAGGUGUUUUAUUUUGGCCUGGAUUUCAGCAGAAAUUUUUGGGAAGCAAAUGCUUUGUAUUUGGGGCAAUUGGGAACGGGAACGACAGACUAUAUCAAUAUUGAGAUCAAGAGUGUGGCGGCACAUAACUCGGGCAACAAUGUUAUAAGUUGUGGGCCUCUGGUGGAUGGUUUUACUGUUAAAAGGAAUUUCAUGCCCAGAUGGUAUGACGGCAACUUACUCUCAAAUGGCGAUUUUGAAGUUGGACCGUCAUUCAUAAAGAACUCCUCUGAAGGAAUUCUACUCAUGAACGAUCAAGUACAAGAACUGAACUCUCCUCUUCAAGAAUGGAACAUACUUGGGACCAUAAAAUACAUAGACUCGAUACAUUUUAAAGUCCCUCACGGCAAAGCAGCAAUCGAGCUACUCUCUGGGAGCCCAUCUGGAGUCCAAGUGGACCUAAAUUUAGCCACGACCUUAACGUACACUCUCAACUUCACUUUAGGGGAUGCCAACGAUUUGUGCAUUGGUGAUCUCGUAUUGUUUCUUGAGAUUGGACCAGAUGUGCAUAACUUUGUGAUGUCUAGCUAUGGAAGAGGGUCCGUUUAUCAUCACUUUGUAACAUUUAACGCCAGACCGUCGGGAGUGACUUCUAUAGUCUUUUACAGCAUGAACGAGACACGAACUUCCGAUGGCGUGCUGUGCGGACCCGUUCUUGAUAACAUAGUCCUCGUUGGUUCCAAUGGGGAAAGAGUAACGAAACUGAUGUUCACCAUGUUUAUUACAUUGGGCCUAGUUAUUAUAUUUAGCAGAGAUUAA